AUGUGGACAAUUCCGAAGCCAAAAUACAGGACUGGUUUCUGCGCCGAGGGGGAGAUAGCUGUGAACAUCGGCGGAGUCCGGGUGGUGCUUUACGGGGAUGUUUUGAAUCGCUACCCGGAAAGCAGACUGGCUGAGUUGGUGAAUUGCUCAACUCAGAAUUAUGAAGUUAUAUCGUCGCUUUGUGAUGACUUUGAUCCGGGCAGAAAAGAGUUUUACUUUGACCGAGACCCUGAUGCCUUCAAGUGCAUCAUCGACGUCUACUAUUUUGAUGAAAUCCACAUCAAACGCGGCAUUUGCCCCGUCUGUUUCAUCAAGGAGAUGGAGUUCUGGAAAAUAGAGCAAAGUGUUUUAGAUGAAUGUUGUAAAAGUUACCUAAUGGAGAAGGAGGAGGAGCUGAAAGAGAUUACGAACAAAGUGAAAGUAAUUUUGGAGGAUCUUGAGGUGGAGCAGUGCAUUACGCGCACCCAGCGGUGCCAGAGGUUCCUUUGGAUGCUGAUGGAGAAGCCGGGUUCCUCACUGCCGGCGCGCUUCAUCGCCAUUGCAUCAUUCCUCGCCAUCCUGGUCUCGGCGGUGGUGAUGUGCGUGGGAACCAUCCCGGAGCUCCAGGUGACAGACUCCGAGGGGAAACUCGUGGAGCACCCGACCUUGGAGGCGAUCGAGACCGCGUGCAUGUUAUGGUUCACGGCGGAAUACCUGCUGCGUCUCGCCUCUUCUCCUAACAAGCUGCACUUUGCGCUCUCCAUCAUGAACGUCAUCGACUUUAUGGCCAUCAUGCCUUUCUACGUGGUCCUGUCCCUCACCUACCUCGGUACCACAUCCAUGAUGGAGCUGGCUAACGUCCAACAGGCUGUUCAGGCUCUCCGCAUUAUGCGUAUCGCCCGUAUUUUCAAGCUGGCGCGCCACUCCUCCGGGCUGCAGACUCUGACCUACGCCCUGAAGAGAAGCCUCAAAGAGCUGGGGCUGCUCCUUAUGUACAUGAGCGUGGGGAUCUUCGUGUUCUCAGCGCUGGCCUACACCAUGGAGCAAAGCCACCCAGAGACCCUUUUCAGGAGCAUCCCACAGUCCUUUUGGUGGGCCAUCAUCACAAUGACCACGGUGGGCUACGGAGACAUCUACCCCAAAACCGCGCUCGGCAAGUGCAAUGCAGCCGUGAGUUUUCUGUGUGGGGUUAUAGCCAUCGCCUUGCCCAUCCACCCUAUCAUUAAUAACUUUGUUGUCUUCUACAAUAAGCAGAAGGUGCUGGAGACAGCAGCAAAGCACGAAGUGGAACUGAUGGAGCUGAAGUCUGGCAGGGAUGCGCGCAGAAAAAGUCGGAAUUAA